AUGAGAUUCGUUAUCUUAUUAUGCAUGAUAGGAUUAGUAUUUUGUGAUUUACCUGUUCAUUGCUUGAAACACUAAGUUGCAGGAAAAUGGAGACUAUAUUUGGAAAAACCAACUUAAAAAGGUGUUGGAUUAUUACCAUGUGGUCAUGAAGUUCCUGAUAGAGCCAAGACAUCAUAUAUGGCAUAUUCUAGCAACUUUUAAUCAUCAUAAGAUCUUGAAGUUACAUUAGGAGAUGAUUAUAAAGUGAAAUCAAAUUCAAAAUCAGGUGAAUGGACUAUGGUUUAUGAUGAAGGUUUUGAAAUCAAAUUAGGUAAUGUGAAAUAUUUUGCAUUUUCAAAAUAUGAGCCAAAAGGUAGAGAAGGAGUCUCAUAUUGUGAUUAAACUCUUGUGGGAUGGUAUACAAAUUUAGACACAUAAGAAAGAGGUUGUUAUAGAGCUGAAAAAACUGAAAAAGUAGAUGCAUCUGAAUCUAUUAAAACAGUAAGUAUUGUUUAACCUGAAUUUAUGGAUGAUGAUGAUUUGAAAUCUUUAUCAUUUUUAUAAGUUUAAGAAAAAACACCAGAAGCAAAUCAUGAAGAAGUUGUAGAGAAAUUAAAUAAAUAAGAAGGAACAUGGAAAGCUAAAGUUUAUGAUAAUAUGAAGGGUAAGAGUUUUGCUGAAGUUGCUAAAUCAUUGGGAAAGAAAAAAGGAUUCAAAAAAGAUAAAUCAUAUAAAUAAUAAGAUUAAACAGCAAAUAAAGCAUUCAUUCAAACUGCUGAGUAUUCAGAUUUACCAUCAUCUUUUAAUUGGAAAGAGUAUAUAAAUAUUUAUUUAUAUUAGAAAACUUGCACCUCCUAGAUAAUAAGGAUAAUGUGGAUCUUGUUAUGCAAUAGCUACAAUGUCUAUGUUAUCAGCAAGAUUAAAAAUAAAAGGUGAAAAUGUUGAUCUCUCUCCUUAAUGGUCUUUAAAUUGCAAUUAUUUUAAUUAAGGAUGUGAUGGUGGUUAUCCUUAUUUAGUAAAUAAAUUUGCUGAAGAAUAAGUACUUGUUUCUGAAGCAGCAGAACCAUAUUAAGGAUUUGAUGGAUCUUGUAAUUUUUAAAAAGCUAAAUCAUAAUCAAAAGUUUAUUCUACAAAGUUUAUUAUAUAUUUAUAAUUAUUUUUAGAAACUAUAAAUAUUUAGGAGGUUCAUAUGGUAGAGUUUCAGAAUAAGUUAUAAUGGCAGAAAUAAUGAAGAAUGGUCCUGUUGUAUUGAGUUUUGAACCAUCUUAUGAUUUCAUGUAUUAUGAAUCUGGUAUUUAUCAUUCCAAAGCAUAAACAAAUGAUUAUGCUGAAUGGGUAUUCAAUUGAUAUUUAUUGAUAGGAAAAAGUUGAUCAUUCAGUCUUAUGUUAUGGAUGGGGAGAAGAGAAUGGUGUUAAAUAUUGGAUGUUAUAAAACAGUUGGGGAAAUGAAUGGGGAGAGGGAGGAAACUUUAGAAUGAAAAGAGGAGUUGAUGAAUCAGCUAUUGAAAGUAUGGCUGAAGCAUCAGAUCCAUAUGUCAUAAAUUAGAAUUCAAGUACAAGUUUUUCCGAGAAAAAAUCAAAAGAAUCAGAUUUCGAUUAUGAAGAUGAUGACAAUAUCUUUUCUUUCAAUUAGAUUAGAUAAAACUUAAAAUGAAA